AUGCUUCGACAUCUCGGGCCGCUAACUCUGGCUUUAAUUGCACUUGCAUUCCAGACCGCGUCGUCGUUCGUGCGUGUACCUCUAACGACGAUCCCUCGGCAGCGUAGUGCUCAAACUCUGCUACAGUUUCAUACGCAAACUAGUGACACCGUGGCGAAUGGUAUCGAAGAAGAGCAUGUACUUAGCAAUCUUCGUGCCGCAACCGAUGAGUUUUAUCGUCACGACGUUCUUCAUGAUGCGCAAGAUCUAGCAGCUCAGGGCCAUGUACCUUUGGAGAAUUUUAUGGAAUUUCAAUUCUUUGGACCUAUCGCCAUUGGCUCGCCACCACAGGAGAUUUUAGUUUGCUUCGACACUGGUUCGAGUGAUUUGUGGGUGCCAGGGAUCAAGUGCGAAGCAUGUGCCGGUAUUGAAAGAUAUAAUCACUCACAAUCGAGUACAUACUACGAGUCCACGGCUCAUCCUGCAUUUGCUGUGCAGUACGGCAGUGGUAAAGUCAGCGGCCAUUUUGGAGAAGAUGUGGUACAUUUGGCCGAAUUUCAGGUACAAGACAUGACUGUUGGAAUUGUUAGAACUGAGGAAAAAAGUAUGGCAAGGAUGAAGGCUGAUGGAUUGCUAGGAUUGGCUUUUGACGGACUCUCGACCUUUUCGCACCCACCACUUUUUUUCGCUUUAUUGGAGCAGUAUCCGGACCUAGACUCUGUCUUUGCCUUUUACCUUAGUCCAACUCCUAAUAGUAACGGAUCGCAGCUUCAUUUAGGAGGCUAUGAUGAUGAGUUAAUGCACUCUCUUCAGGCGACCUGGCAGAUGACGGACGUAGUACCGCAGUUUGGUCAAUGGACAUUUUGGAGAAUCCGGCUUCAUAGCGUCAAGGUGGGCAAGCAUCGCAAUGCAUGUUUGGAUGGCUGCAUUGCUUUUGUGGACUCUGGUACGUCACUCAUUGGCAUACCUGGUACUUUGUACUUGAAUUUUUUGUACGAAGUGGCCACGUACGCACAAAAUCAAGGGUGCUAUUGUGGGUUCGUCCAGUAUGGUUUUCAGUGCUUCUUGUGUGCACCCGAAAAUUUUCCCCUCCUUCGAGUCGGCGUUGGGGGCGAACACUUUUAUGUUCUGGAAGGAACAGAUUACACACUUUGUGUUGGACUCACUUGUAUAGUCUUGGUACAGCCAAGUGGCCAAGAAAUGUGGGUGCUUGGUGAUGUAUUUAUGAAAAAAUUCUACUCACUGUACGACGUUAAAAAGAAACAAAUUGGCUUCGCUUGUAUUGCAAAUUCGACGACGUGUGGCAAAGAUGUAUCGGAUCUGAAUGAGAAUGAUAUUGGUAAUGAACUGGUGCCGAACCAAAUGUCGCCAUUUUUCGAGAAUAGUUUUAAUAUGUUCGACAUGGAUACUCAUGCUGUGCUAGUGUUAUUUCUGUCGGGUCUAUCACUAGUUGGCUCGGGCUUAAUUGUGUAUUCCUUCGUUCAGUUUCCGAUCUUACGCACUUUUCGCUCCUUCCCCCUUUUCUUGUGGCUUUCCGUGUGCACUUUGGGCUAUAAUUUGACUUUGUGGAUUGCUGGCGUGUGGCGAGCUCACCAGACACAUGUGUUCUUUUGUGCAAUUCUAAAAGGCACUCAACAAUUUCUAGGAAGCGCAAUUUUAUUAUUUAGUGCUGCAAUUGGAGUCGAAAUCAUUCGUGCAGUGUACUGGACCCGUUUGAGUUCUGUCGAGUUUAAAUUCGUAUAUCACGCCGUGAUAUGGUGUGUUGCCGCACUCACGGGAGUCUUUUCGUUGCUUACAGGAGUGAUUGGGUUCCUACCGGAUGGCGCCGGACCAUGUCGAGCCUGUUUUGUGGGCCAUAGUCCUGCUUGGGCUCGUGUCUUGCUGUUUUACUUGCCAGCAAGCUUGACAUUAACUUGUGCCGGUACGGCUGUAUUUCUUGCGUACACACGUUCGUCACGCCAACAUCUCCCACGUCAGGCCGAACAUGCUCGUCGUAGCAGUGGACGCUUAUUGUCGAGCUGCGUGGCUACUAUCGUCGCUCUCUUUAUACCGACACUGUUUGGCUGGCUCCAGCUUCUUGGUACCGACUGGGUCACGUCAGGAUUCUUUCUUUAUCUGUCGGAGCUGUGUUUUUAUUCGCAAGGCUUGCUCAAUGCACUCUCGUGGUCGUUUAAUCCGUCGUAUCGCGUUGCUCGUUACCGCGGCAGUAAUGUUUCAGAAGGAGAAGCGAAUCAACUCAUUGGGCCUAAUUGA